AAUGGACUUGCGCAUGCGCGUUCGCUCUUUUCCUCUCCAGCUCCUCUGGGGUCUGCCUUGUUGAUAGCGGCUUUUGCUUCCACACGUGCAAUCUCUUCUAUGCGAAUCUUUCUCGUUGGUACCCUUUUACAAACUCAUCCUGCUCGACCAGAAUAGGUGCAAAGCCAUAGCAACCGACGACCAUGGGGGCUUAUCUGUCGCAACCCAACACGACCAAGACCUCUUCCGAUGGCGGCAACAGUAACAUGAGCUACGGCUACUCUGCCAUGCAGGGCUGGCGCGUCUCCAUGGAGGAUGCUCACAAUUGUAUCCCAGAGUUUGAUGAAGAAACAGCCAUGUUUUCAGUGUAUGAUGGACACGGAGGUGAGGAGGUGGCUCUGUACUGUUCAAAGUACCUUCCUGACAUCAUCAAGCAGCAGAAGACUUACAAAGAUGGCAAACUUCAAAAGGCUCUGGAGGAUGCCUUCUUGGCCAUCGACAGAAGUAUGACCACGGAGGAUGUCAUUAAAGAGCUUGUUCAGAUCGCCGGGCGUCCCACUGAGCAGCCACCAGUUCCAAAGGUGUCAGAAGAGGAUGAUUUGGACACAGAGGAGGCAGCUUUACUCCACGAGGAAGCCACAAUGACCAUAGAGGAGCUGCUGGUACGCUAUGGCCAGAACCUCAAUGCUGUCAAGCACGCCGCUGCCAUCAGUGCGGCAGCUAAGAAAGCCUCGCAGGCAGAGGCCACAGGAGGCAAAGAGGAAAGUGGGAAAGCACAGGAGGGGGUAAAUGGUGAGGUGGAGGAGAGCAAUGGGAAGGCGAAGAAAGGCGAAGGAGCUGCAUGCGGGUCCAAGCUGCGAGCCUGUCGGAGAACAGGAGGGGAAGGCAGCGGUUCAGCGGCAGACUGUGGAAGUUCAGGAGGCGCCAACGGAGAAGAAAAGGCUGGUAAGGCAGAGGGAGACGCAGGUCCCUCCUGCUCCUCUUUGUCCACUAAGGAGGCAGCAGAUUCCAAGUCCAGGUUCUUUGAAGAUAGCGAGGAAUCUGAGGAGGGAGAAGAGGAGGAAGGCAGCGAGGAAGAGGAUGGCAGCGAAGAGGGUGACAGCAGCGAGCUCGAAGAAGAUACAGACGAGGGAGAAGACUCUGAAGAGGAAGAAGGGGAGGAAAUGUGCCUGCCUGGAAUGGAUGGCAAGGAGGAGCCGGGCUCGGACAGCGGCACCACAGCCGUCGUGGCUCUGAUUCGGGGGAAACAGCUGAUUGUGGCCAAUGCCGGGGACUCUCGCUGUGUGGUGUCUGAGCGUGGCAAAGCUGUUGACAUGUCGUACGACCACAAACCGGAGGAUGAGGUGGAACUCGCCCGUAUCAAAAAUGCUGGAGGGAAAGUGACAAUGGAUGGACGGGUCAACGGUGGACUUAAUCUCUCCAGAGCUAUUGGUGAUCACUUCUAUAAGAGGAACAAGGCUCUGCCUGCAGAGGAGCAGAUGAUUUCUUCGAUGCCGGACGUCAAAGUUCUGACCCUUAACGACGAUCACGACUUCAUGGUCAUUGCAUGCGACGGCAUCUGGAAUGUGUUGAGCAGCCAGGAGGUGGUGGACUUCGUCAGCGAGCGGAUCAAACCGGACAAGAGCGGCAAUGUCCGACUCCUCUCAUCCAUAGUUGAAGAGCUGUUGGAGCACUGUUUGGCCCCCGACACAUCUGGCGAUGGGACAGGCUGUGACAACAUGACCUGCAUCAUCAUCACCCUGCGGCCACACCCAGCCUCUGCUCAUCCAGACGACACGAAGAAGAGGAAGCACCAGGAGGAGGCAGAGGAGAACGGAAAAGAUGGCAAAAAGGCUAAAAGCAACUAAAGGGAAGCCGUCCCAGAGGAGUAGCUGGUCCGAGGCCACCCAGACACACCAGAGACGCGUUCUGUUUAAUCCUUGGCUCACAAACGCGGUUUUCCCCUAAAACCGGUUUAUUGCUACACGUAAGAUCGGCUGAACUAAGAUCAGUGUAUUUUUUCCUCCUCUGUUUAAAGCCAAUUCUCACAUUAACUCGCCCCCCUCCCCACCUUUCCAGUUCUUUUCACUCUAUCUGGAAAGAAACACACGUUUUGCCCUUGAAUGAAUAGUUAAAUAAUGAUAUUAAACGAUUCACGGGCAUGUUGAAUAGCACGCUGUUUUUUACCGGGACGAAGUUUGGUGGUGGCUCUCGUGACCGGCGUCCGACUGCCGAUCCCAUUCCAAAGUGUGCCACGUGCAACGCGUUGUUGCAGUUUUUCAGCCUGUAACCACACAAUGCCCCCUAUGGGUCGUCACAUUAUAUAGCAUUCAUUGUUUCUCAAAGUGCCAUUUAAAAAGAAUAUGAAUUCCUUUCUUAUAGGCACCAUAUCACAUCCUCAAAUGAACUGAAACCAGAGCAGGGACCCGAAAUGGCUGCAGAUAGAUUUGCUGUGGUAACGGUAGAGAGGAUAUUGGUGUCUUUUAUAGUCGAGAUUGACGAUGCGGCUUGAGUGCGCUUGUUCGUCCCGAGUUAAAUUGAAUGUGUUGCUUCCCUGAUUCGGUGAGCAAAAGGGACCGAAGGACUAACGGUCCCAGUCCAGUUGCUCCUGUUAGCCAUUUUAUCAUUUUUUUCCCCCCCCCGUAUUAGCACCCAUUCAGUUUUUCAUUUUUGCCGGUCACACAAUAACCCAACAAUUCAUCGCCCUCAUCAGACCCCCCCCCCCCCCCCCCCCCCCCACAUUCCUGUUUUGUGUCUAAUUAAAUCUGUAAAUUUCCAGAUGAAGAAAAAGCUGCCCGAGGCUUAGUGGGCUUGUGUACUUUUCAUCUGUAGGAUCUGCUAGCAGGGAGACGAGUAGCGAGGUAGAGAGUGACUGUCCACCUUCCUCUGCGCUCUCGUGUUUCUGUUGUAACAACCUUUUAUGAUCCUCUUUAGAACAUGUGUUUUAAGUAUAAAUGUAUUUCCACUCAAAUGUUUGUUUGUUUUUGUUGUUGUUGACAGGUAAUCUUGUAAGCAAAACAUUUUUGUGAGCACACCCGUAAAAUACCCAGACGCUAAACUGUAGAGGAUGCACAAUGUUACUCUUUGAGUGGAAAUACAAUUUAAACUUAAGAGCACUAAGACAGUGUAGCUUUUGAUGAGAAUAACUGUCUUUAUUUGCAAAUGUGUCAUUAAAACCACAUUGUGUGACUGUAA